AUGAGGUACGGUGCAGUGGUGCUGCUAGUGCUACUGGUGGCUGGCAGUCUCGCCAUGUACGCCACCAACAAUGAGCGCUGUACGUGCGCCCCCGGACCGCCGGACUAUCUCUGCCCGUCGGCACCGCUGCUGCAGGUGUACCUGCCGCACGAGCUGUACUGCACCCGCUACUACAAGUGUACCGAUGGGCGUGCGAUCGAGUUCCAGUGUCCUUACGGAUUGUACUUCGAUACGCAGAACAAUACCUGCACGUGUGAUUUUACGCAGUGCUACCGGACAGAUCCCUGCAUCGUGUUC